GAUGCCCAGUCAGACGGAGACGGCCCCUCUGAGCACAGUGAGCCCAUAUUUGCUGUCAACAACAAUCGAGGCGGUGGUACCGGUGGGAGCCGCAACGGAGAGCGACCAGGGUGAGAAUUGGCAUGGGCGGGCCUUUGAGGGUGGUGUGUGUGAGAACACUAGCUAGGUAUAUGUGGCUUUCAGAGAAGGGGGAGGUGCAAGUAGAGUUUUUUUUCUUCAAUGGAGAUAUGAAAGUCUUCUGUCUAGCAAGCAUUCUCUGAACUGUGUUUACACCUCUGUCAGAGGAAAGGCAGUGCUAGUUCUGUGUAUUGACAUUGGACUCUCCCCUUUUGUUCACAAAAAUAAGUUGUUUUUCAACAAAAUGCAAUGCCAACGCUCAAGUGUCAUACACACACAAGCAGGCACACACACACACACACACACACACACACACACACACACACACAAACACACAAAAACACCACUCAUGAACACUAACAAUAACACAGAAAGGCAGGUCCGCUUUGAAUUCGAUCUGAACUGACCCUUAUCAUCUCACGACAUACUAUAUGAACACCACAUGCUCACUAACUGGCAUACAGCACUCAUCCACACACAAAUGCAUGCAUGAGCAAAACAAGGCUGUAGGCUCACACUUGAAUACAUACACACAUCCAGCUGCUGAACACAUUUCAGGUCACCUAACAUCUUUUGCCUCUUACCCAGUGUUUAUUCUCUGGCUGUGUGCUUUCAUCCAUAUGGCCCUUAUCAGCGUUGACCAUGUGGCUGUGUUUUGCAGGAGCAGCAGGGCCCCCUUGAGGUCUGAAAGGGACAUGGGACUUAUGAACGCCAUCGGUCUCCAGCCCCGUCACCCUACCCCCGUUGUGACAUCACAAGGCACACAGACACCCGUCAUACAGCUUCAGAAUGCUGAACGAGGCACACAGACGGACCGAGAUCCACAGGUUCCCAGCACCUCCCGGGCCUCCCAAGCAACAGACAGUACGUCUACCUAUAUCUAUACCUAUCGCUCUCUCCCCCAAUCCCUCCAGCAUUUACCCUAUAUCUUUUUCAUAAUACUGAGCUGUUCAACUAUGUAAUGUCGUAACAGGUAAGUCUGGUUAAAUCACCAUCAAAUUAAUCACAGAACUAUUUCAAAUUCUAAACACAAUAUGCAAGAUAGCCCAAGACUCCCCUCAGGCAUAUUGUAAGAACUUUCACAAAUGAGUAAUUGACACAUUUUCAGGAUGAUACUCAUUUGCAAUUUGUCAUCAAUUGAGCGAGUGAACUGUGGAAAUCACCAUUCUGGUCCUCUGAUUAAUCAUAUCAGCUAGCGACCCUCUUGGAUAGUCGGUGAUGGUAAUGAUCAUCCCAUCACUGAAUUCACAACUAGGUUCCAUUUUACUGCACAACACAAUUUCUGCUGUUCUGUUUCAGUGCAUUUCUACAAUGGCUGCGAUGUUUCAUUAGUGGGGAAUUUGUUCCUCGUUGCUGUCAGGAAAUACAACCUGGCAAAUUAGAAGCGUCAUAAUUUCAUUAACAUUUUGUGGAAUACUUUUCAUUUCACAAAUGUGGCAUUUAAGACUUAACCUAAUUGCAAUCAGUCUUAACAACCUCCUUGACCUCAUUCCAUACAGAACAAAGACCUCAAAGGCAUGCACUAAAGGCUUGGCAAGUACCUGGCAACAGGAAGCAAAUACUUGUUUAGUUAAUUAAAGGGACAUUUCACAAUUUUUCAACUUCAUAUUCAUAAUCUCCAAUACCACCCCAACAUCAACAUACUGUAUGUGAAAAUGCUGUGUUUCUAUAUUUUGUGGUAAAAAAGAUAGAGGAAGAUACAGUAAGUGUUUCCAAUGACAUCAUCAACCAAUUAGUAGGGAAUGCCUGCUCAUAAUUGGUUAAAAUCACAUCAAUGAUGUAAUUGGAAAAACGUAUACUUCCUCUCUUUUUUACUACAAAACAGAAACGCGCCAUUUUCACAUAUGUUGAUGCUGGAGAAAAUCAAUAUGAAGUUUUUUCAAAGUGAAAUUGCCCUUUAAGACUAAUCUCUGUAUUGCCCUUGGUUCCUACGUCAGGUGAAGUGGAUCAUUACUUUUCUCUUGUCCCAGUGGUAAUAUAGCAGUACCAAUUACACCCUAUCUCUGCAUUACCUGUCUUAGUGACAGAUCACAGAAACAGAUGUUGUGAUAUUGAGUCUCAUCCAAAACACCUCUCUUGGGGCACUGAAAUAUAAUUUUCAUUACUGUAUCUUCAUGUUUUCUCAGUGGCAUUUAGGAACGUGAGUGCCGUCGGAGAAAAUGAGACCUGCAUGUUCCACUUUUGUGUCUCUGGGCCUUUUAAGGUACUAUCUAAAGGGGUUUAGACUCAAUUUCACAAGACUCGAUAUCCAUAAACAGAGCACAAGAGUCCAUUUCGGCUCAGCUGGAAUGUUGUACACAAUGCAUUAUGUUGCGAGGACAUUAGCACACUUCCAUUAUACUCAUCACAAAUGAAUGAUUAAAACAAUAAAACACCUGGCGAGAAAUCGAAAACAAGCUCUCAUGCCAAGCCUUUGCAAUCAAGGCCCUUCCACCUUUCCUCCAAUCGUAUCCAGCACUUAACAAUUAUCUCUGUUUCUACUCCCCUGUUGUUGUUGUUAAUGUGCCGAUGACUGGGAUAAUGGCUUAUAUAGCAUAGCAAGGGGGUAGAGAUCCACUGUACUGUAUGUAGGAGUGUACUAAUUGUACCUCACUUGAAACCAGUUUUCUCCAUUUAAAGUGGUUCUGACCGCGUGUGUCUGUUCAUUCUGCCAUGGUUCUCGUCAUACAGGUUGAGCUCUGAGAGGAGUCUCUGACAGCUGUCCAGGAGUCAGACCGUAAUAAAGGUUUAUUGCUUUGACUCCAAGCCGCCGCUUGAAGUGGAGUGUUGUCCUUCCCAUAAAAAGACCUGAGUCCCUCUUAUAUAAGAAACACAGAAGGAGGUAACAUAAUCUUACAUGAUAUCUACUUCCUUACCCAAACCUGAAGUUAGGUUUCAUAAUAUCUAAUAUUAUCUGAUAUAUAUUAUCCAAGCAGUUUUCAGAGUGGUAGAUGCACGUAUUGUAUGCAAAUUGUGUAUUUGAAAAUGUUCCCCUAAAAUGAUGGAGGUACGAAACACCACUAUCAGAAUGCCAAAUAUUAUUCAUCACAAAGAAAGGUUUUUAAUGAUUUAAAACCUGAAUUUAUUAAUCAUAAUAUUAUUGGUGUUGGUGGUAAUUGACUGUAGGUCAAAAUCAUUACAUCAUAAAUAGUCCCAACGAAUGGACAACUUUGCUAUUGCAUUUGCAUUUGCACUGUUAUUUUUUACAUUUGAGUCAUUUAGCAGAUGCUCUUAUCCAGAGCGACUUACAGUUUAGUGAAUGCAUACAUUUUCAUACUGGCCCCCCGUGGGAAUCGAACCCACAACCCUGGCGUUGCAAACGCCAUGCUCUACCAACUGAGCUACAGGGCCUGGUGCAAAGGGAAGUUAUAUUUACGGAUCAUUCGGAUCUGAAUCAUCCAUCCACAUACUGUGGGCUGGCUGGUUUGACUAAUCAGCAUCUCCACGGCUGUGAUGCCUUAAGUGACUCUUCAGUCGCCCUCUCCAGUGCAUGGCUGAUGGAGUGUUGCCGUUGGAGAGAGCAGGCGUUGGGAACGCGCCUCCGCACAUCGAAUUGAAAUCAGAGCAGCACACUCCCCAGGCCAAACUCUUGUUCAGCAAGUUGUAUUCAAACAUUGCUCGACAUGUGUUUUUCAUUUGAAAUGGAUUAGCAGCACUGUUGUGAGAAGAUGAUCGCAUUUUAUGAUUAUAGGAUCAUUACACACCUACAGUAUUUAUGCCUUGGCGGUCGAGCCUUUGUGCUUCAAAGAAUACCUGGCUCAAAGAACACACGCCAUGACUCUUGCCCAGGGUCUUACUUUCACUUUUGUGUAAGGCUUAAUGUGUAUUUCUAGUUAAGUAGUUCUGAUUUAUCGUAUUCCCGAAAGCCCGCUUUAUUGAAGGAUCCCCCAAAAAGAAGCCAACCAGCACCUCUGUUACACCCACCCACCUGGCAAAGUGGCUUUAGCCAAGCUUCAGUUUGAGUUGAGUCCCCUCCAGCCAGUCAGACUCCUUGUGUUCUGUGUAGAGGAGAGUGUUAAACACAAGGUGACACUUCCCACCUGCUUUCAUUAAGGCAGCGACACACCUCGGAGAGCCGUGAUGUCCCACUGGGGUCAGGUAAAUCAGCCGCUAUCAAUUUAGCAGGACAGUGAUAAAGCUGAAGCGCCUGAGUUGCAUUAUUAGGCCAAAUGAUCAUUUAUCCCACGGAGAGAUAGAGAAAGAGUCAGAGACACUAUAGGAAAGGCUCAGUGCUGGUCCUCUGAUGUGCCAAUAGAGGCUGUGUGGGUACGGAGGGAACUUUCCCUCAACACCUUCUGUAUUUAUGGGCCACGCUUGGGUGAUGACACAGGGCAGAGCAAUAAAGCAGAUGCUCUCUUACUCCACAUAAAGAUGAUUUUAAAUGGUGCCUCCCGCUAAUCAACAGUAGCAAUAGAGGACACCCAGGACUUAUCAUUUACUACCUGGGUCCUCAAGAAACCCCUCCAGUUUAAUGACUGGAAACUUUCAGUUUAUUGAAAAGCUUGUAAUUGUAAUAGGUUAUACAGUAUAUUUUUGAAAUCUACCUUUACCUUUUUACUGAACUAUGGUUUGAAUGAGAAUCAUCUUAGAUCCGAAACUUCGCCGUACAGUUUUUGUAAUGUACAUUGUUUAUUUCUUUGUGGUUAACCAACCAAGGCUUGUCUGUCAUCUACUUAUUAAGAGGAGGCUUCAUUAAGAUAUAUGGGUGGAAUCCAUCACUGAAAACAUCCUGGCAUCACUUCUAAGGAGAAAUCCUAAAUGGAUUUGUACCUGUCAAGCUAUUGUGGGAAAACUUCCACUCUAAAAAGGUUCUGCAGUUCAGUUAGCAGGUGGACAGGUGACUGACACAGAGAGUGCUACUCACGCAGCCUCUGGCCUCGUGGUGUCAAACCAUCAGAUAGAAUAAUGCCACCCACUGACAGGUCUUAUAUCCAAUUCCCUGAUGCCAUGCGAGUUUCAGUAUAAUCCCCUAGCCUUGUCAGUCUCUGGUUUGAUUGGAUCUAGAGGUGAAAAUAGUCACGCCAAUAUUCACCUUUGAUGUCACAAUCAGAUAUCCACGAUUUUGGAGGCAUGAGAGAACAUGUAUAGGAGAAGCUGUACCUAGUCCAAUUUUACAUACAACGGACGUUUAGCUUUAUUUUUCUUUCCUCACCCACUCAUCAGCAGACUGCAGCCGCCCAAUGCAGGCUUUCAUCUCUCCACCUCGCGAAUGGAGCAACAAAAUAUUGCUCUAAUCCGAUUCCUCUCCCCCUCACUGAGACUAAACAGUUCUUUAGGAAGCAUGUUUGAGGGGUAUGGUUCAACAGAGCACAGGUUUCUCCUAAAUUCUAUUUACUCAGUCAGAGUAAAUCUAUAUUUCUACAAAUAUAUAAUUGUACAGAGUACUACACUCAGUACAGAUCUACAGUAUCUCCUUGAGGUAUGUAUUUUUGGUACAGAUCACCUUGAAGAAUUCCCUUACUUCACAAUGAGCUUGUUUUUGGAGGAUUUUAAUGAGUUUGAAUGUUUACCUGGGUAAACAGUUGUAAUCUGACUGGAUGUAGUUUUCCUCUUACAUGAUGAACAUAAGAUUCUGUUGGUGUCACCAAGGCACGCAUGUUUUCUAAAGCGUAUAAAAUGAAAAGUAACUAUCUUCUCUCCCAGCGAACAAGGUCUCAACAUGUGCUGUUGUUUAUUUCCUUCCUCCCCCAGUUGGUGGACACAUAAGGGACCUUCAUCCAGGCAGCAGCACAGAGAUGGCGCCUGAGACGCCCCCGCCCACGCUGCAGGAGGAUGGCGAGUCAGCCGAGGCCUCCACAGAGGCCAGCACCACCUUGGCUAACCCAGGUGACCCCAUCCAGUCCUCCUCCUCACACAUCUGAUGCUCAGUGUAAUUAGAAUCGUAUCUCAAUUUGACUGGCAUUUGUGGGAUCAUUAUAUGCCACAAAAUAGGGUUAAAAGUCAAGACAAUCUUUGCCUGAGAGAGAAACGGCUAACAGAGGAGACAUAAUGUAGCUCCAGGUAAGUCAGAGAAAACACGCACAUCAUGAGGUCAUCUCAGGUCUAUAUCUAUGAUCUCAACACCAUUCCACCACCACAUCAUUAAGACCAGACAGUCAACAGGGCUGGUUUGGUGGUUGGUUGUGAUAAAUGAGUUUGGUCCUUGUCAGAGGAGAUUAUCAGUACUCACUGUCUCUUUAUCUCUGGGAUGGAGGAAACGGGGGGGGGGGGGAGGCCUCCCUCUUCCUCUCCUUCCUCCCUCCUUAUAUUCUCCCCAUUAAUGGCCUCCCUUGUAGGGGCAGCAGAGCGUUAUUACGGCUGGGAUUAUUACAGCCUAGUUGUCGACGCACACACAUCUUACACUCUUGUGAAUAUGAUCUAUAGACCACUAAUUAUCGUUAUCUGUGUAUUGAGUAUAGUAGCCAUAAACUGUGGAGUGGAUGUGACUGUUGGCAGCAAACAUGGUGCAAGAAAUGAAGGUGGUGAAUAUAAUAUUGUACAUAGUAAACAGUAGCUCUUUUGAAUGUUUUUCCAAUGUACAGUAGUAGCCUCAUCCAUUAGAAUAAUGACACUGCCAGGGCCACUGUCCUGCUGGCACACCCAGUGGUAUUCUGCAGAUAAUGGUAUAAUACCAUUGUUCAUAAACUUUUAUGGUUGCUUGGAGCCCAAUUCAAAUGAACAACAAAAACAUACAGCCUGUGCUUACUCUUCCAAAUUGACCCAUUUCGUACUCCAACAAUUUACGUGCAUGACAAAAACAACAUAAUGAAGAUGCGGGACAGUCAUAAGUACAAUAAUAAUAAUCAAAAAGUACUAUGUUCAUAUCCUGAAUGCCUGAAGUUUUGGAUGCUAAAGUUGCAGUGUUUCCACCUUACAGUACUGCCCUUGUUUUUUCUCUCAGUGUGCUUCUGACUGUGGCUUUGUUUUUGACUCAAAUUACAUUAUGAAUUUCUUUGCAGAGUCCCAGGAGAGUUUGUGACUGACAGAUAACACACAGUCCUCUGAUCUGUCAGUCUGGCUUCUCCAUGCAUCGCUAGAGGCAGCCUACUCUCUCACAUUUUCCUUCUCUGCAUCACAUUAAGUGUGAUUGCAAAACAUUUAGGCUGCUGACGUUCGCUCAGUAAUCUUCAUAAACAGUUUUUUUGCCUGUAGAGGAAUAUACACAAUUGAUUGAUGGGUAUAAACAGCCAGUCAUGUUGUGGCAAAGUCAAAUAACCAUGUGUGCUUGACAGAGGCGUAACACUAAGUUGCACCGUGUCUCACUCCAUUCAUACCUCACUGAUGUUACAGUACACAGCUGUCUAGUUUCAAAGAUUUAUUUGGCUGCACUUCCUCCGACAUGUUGCUUAAUAUAUUUUGUAGGCUCGGACAAUAUUUGAUUUCCUUUCAAUAGGUGAUUGGGUUAAGUUUAACUCUGCACCAACAGCAGCUGCCUGACUAAUAUUACAGUAUGUGGUAUUACAAUAGGGACUGGAUGCUAGGGCAGAAUUUGGUAAUGCUGUUUUAGGAGUGGAUUUAUCCAGGCUAGUUGGACACUAAGACAUUAGCCAGCCUUGUAAUUACCUAUAUUCUUCCCUGUCAGGUAAUGUGGGCUUCAUUAGGGCUAGCGCUACGGCUAACGCAGAUAUCACCGUGCCAUGCCAAAUCACAGAGAAGAGGCCUACCCUGAUCACGUCAUGCUUGCCAGUUACAUUUCUAAGACCUGCCACUUCCACCUUCUCUCAAAUAGUUUAUACUGUCUGGUUACAUUUAUGGAAGCAGUUUCUCAACUGCCAAGCAGAGGACAUGCAUCUGUGUAAAAAUGGAAAUUGUUUUCGUUUUUCAUGUGUGUAUUUUAGUUAGGUGCAAACAAAUGUUGAGCAAGUAGAACAUUUGCGAAUCAACAUGUUUGCUUCAAUAAUGAAGUGAAUCCAACAUUGUGGAAAUGAAUGUAACUAAGUGACCAACUACAACCUAUUGAUACUGUUUCUACUGUAUGUGUUACAAAGCUCUUUUCCUCCUCUCCCUCCUUCCCUCAGGAGAAUCUCAAGACCAGGGCAGUGGGGAGGACGCCCUUUCUCGGCUCCGCAGGCUGAUCGCUGAGGGUGGUAUGACCGCCGUGGUCCAGAGGGAACAGAGCACCACCAUGGCCUCCAUGGGCAGCUUCGGUAACAACAUCAUUGUUAGCCACCGCAUCCACCGCGGCUCCCAGACUGGGACAGAGGCUCAGGAUGGGGGCAGAGGCACUCAGGGCAGGGGUCAGGGUCAUGGUGGAGGUGGUUGGACGUCCCUCUCUCCGCCCCACCGCGGCACUCUGUCGUUCACAGAGCCCACCUCCCGUAUUCUGACCCACCCCAGCAUGCAGCUGGGGGAGAGCUCAGCCUUCCUGUUAGAGCCCUCUGGGGCCCAUAGCCGGACAGUAGCACCUCUCCCCUCCCAGUACAUCACAGUCUCUUCUCAUCUCAGCCCUCAGGGGCCCAUGGGGGUGGAGGAGGGGGCCGAUGGGACCCCUAUGGACACAGACGAUGUGUUUGAGGGUGUGGGACUUGUCGAUGAUCUAGAUCUACACUCGCCCUCUGCUUCCUCCUCCUCUUCUUCAACCCUCUCCCCUGUUGUCUCCCCUCUCAACAACUUCAGCGGCAGUUACCAUGGAGACCCCUACAGUCGA